AACCCCUUGCAAACCCUUUCUUCACUAUCCGCUCUCUAGCAAUGGCCCUCUGCAAAUCCUCUCUCUUCACUCAUCUGAAAGCCUUCACAAGGCCUUGUCAAUGCUUCCGCCGUCGAUUCCCUCCUUCUUUUGUAUCUCUCCGUUUACUUUCAUUCGCCACACCAGAAGAAGCGGCCGCUGAGCGUCGUCGUCGUAAGCGCCGUCUGCGCAUCGAGCCACCUCUGAGUCCCAAUCGUCCCCAGCCUCAGCAACAACCUCGUGCUCCUCAACAAAACCCUAAUGCCCCCAAGAUUCCAGAAAACGUCUCUGUUCUCACAGGGAAACGCCUCGAUCUUCACAACAAGAUUCUAACCCUGAUCCGUGAGAAUGAUCUUGAAGAGGCGGCACUGUAUACUCGCCAUUCUGUUUACUCCAAUUGUCGGCCGACCAUAUUCACAUGUAAUGCAGUCAUGGCUGCUCAGCUCCGACAAUCUAAAUAUGCCGACUUGCUUUCGCUUCAUCGGUUCAUUACUCAGGCUGGAAUUGCAGCCAAUGUUGUUACCUACAAUCUCUUGAUGAGUGCUUAUAUGGAUUGCCGCAAAACAGAUACAGCCAUGGAACAUUACAAGCAGAUGACCAAUGAUGCCCCUUUUAAUCCUUCUCCGACCACUUACAGAAUACUGAUUAAGGGUCUUGUUGAUAACAAUAAAGUUGAAAGGGCAAUGGAUCUUAAAGACGAGAUGUUAGCUAAGGGUUUGGAUUCUGAUCCCCUUGUUUACAGCUAUUUGAUGUCGGGUCAGGCUAAAAACUCGAAUGUGGAUGCAAUCUUCUCCCUUUAUGAAGAACUGAAGGAGAAACUAGGUGAUUCCGUUACAGAUGGAGUUGUUUACGGCAGCUUGAUGAAAGGCUAUUUCAUGAAGAAUAUGGAAGACGAGGCUAUGGAAUGCUAUUCAACCGCUGUUGGAGAAACCUCCAAUGUCAAAAUGAGCGCUGUUGCAUUCAACAAUGUGUUGGAUGCGCUCUGCAAGAAUGGUAAGUUCGACAUUGCACUGAACGUGUUUGAUAAAAUGCUCAGGGAGCAUGAACCACCAAAGAGGCUAACUGUGAAUCUAGGUAGCUUCAAUGUAAUGGUGGAUGGCUACUGCUCAGAAAGAAGAUUUAAGGAAGCAAUCGAGGUUUUCAUUAACAUGGGUGACAAACGAUGCAGGCCUGACACUUUAUCGUACAAUAACUUGAUCGAACAUCUCUGUGGCAACAAUAUGUUGGUAGAGGCGGAGGAGCUGUACAAGGGUAUGAGCGAAAAGGGGGUAAAUCCAGACGAGGUUACUUUCGUUUUGCUGAUGGAUACCUGUUUUAAGGAGAAUCGACCUGACGAUGCUGCUGGGUAUUUCAGAACUAUGGUUGAUUCUAAGCUGAGGCCGAAUUUAGCAGUCUACAACAGGCUGAUUGAUGGGUUGGUUAAAGUUGGUAAAAUAGAUGAAGCCAAAUCGUUCUACGAUUUGAUGGCUGGGAAGUUGAAAAUGGAUGACAGCAGUUAUGAGUUCUUGAUGAAGGCUAUGUUUAAUGCUGGGAAGUCGGAUGAGGUUCUUGAGAUGGUUGGAGGGAUUCUGAGAGAUGAAGGAGUUGAUAUAAGCGAUGAACUGAGAUCGUUUAUUGAAGGAGAAUUGAAGGAAGGUGGUAAAGAUGAGCAUGCUUUAGGGAAGAUGAUAGAGGAGGUUGAAAGAGAGAAGGCUGAAGCUGCAGCUAUGGAGGUAGAAGCAGCUGAGAAAGCCAAGGCUAGUGCUAGAGCUGCGGUUGCUUCGUUAUUACCUUCAAAAUUAUUCGGGAAAAAGGAAGGCGAGGAGGAGGAGAAUAUUGAGAAAACUAGUAGUGAUGAUGAGACAGAGACAACAAAGGAGGAUAUUGUUGGAGAAAUUUCAGAUUCCACUAAAGGUUAAACAUGUUUUGUAUGAUAUUAUCUCUAAUUAAUGUGUCUUUAACUUGUUGAGAAUUAUUUGAAGACAGAUUCUUAUUUUCAUUAC